AUGUCGCUUACAAAGGGCUGUGCAGGCACACGGUGCAUUCAGCAGUAUGGCUUGCCAAGUGCUGCACAGUGCACUGCCAGGCGCACGGUGCGUUCAGCAAUGCCGCUUGCCAAGUGCUGCACAGGUGCACGGUGCAUUCAGCAAUAUCGCUUGCCAGGUGCUGCGCAGGCGCACGCGAUACAUUCAGCAAUGUCGCUUUCCAAGUGCUGGACCGGCGUACGGUGCACGCAGCAAUUGCGCUUGCCAAGUGCUGCACAGGCACAUUCAGCAAUGUCGCUUGUCAAGUGCUGCACAGGCGCACGGUGCAAUCAGCACUGCCGAUUGCCAGGUGCUGCACAGACGCACGGUGCACUCAGCAAUGUCGCUUGCCAAGUGCUGCACAUCCGUGCGGAUGUGCAGCACGGAGCACUUAGCAUUGUCGCUUGGCAACUGGCGCACAUGCACACACUGUGA